AUGGUUCAUCGUCCGCCGCCGCCGCCGCCGCCGCCGCCGAUGACGAGCGCGAAUCCUUCGCGCGAGGCCAACGCGAAUCCAUCAACCUCCGCGGUUACACCGACGGUGACGUCGUACAUGUGCGUCGCCACCUCCGACGGCGACGUCACCUGGGUCCCGCAUAUCGGGCCGUACGUCCCAGCGGGGGCGCCGCCUGGGUUGAUGCACGCGCAGAGCGAGGGACGCGGUGGACGCGGAGGCGGCGGUUGGGCGAGCGGGACGCGCGGACGCAGAGGCGGCGGACACCGACGCGGGCGCGAGGACGAUCCUGGUGACGCGUAUCGGGGUGUGAGUACGACGGGCGAUGGGUUCAACGCGGCGAAGCGGGCGAGAGCGGGAGUGGGUGAUGAAGGAAAGGCGAGCGGGACGAACAAGCCGAGUGGGACAUCGAAACCGACGCUCCCGACAGCGGAGGAAAUUCCAGUGGUGAAACCCGUGGACGUCGCGAGUUUACCCGAAGACGUGCGGCGAUAUCGAGAGGAGCGAGCGAAGCACUGGCCGAGCGAUUCCCACGUCCAGGCGAAGUUGGAGGCUGGGGAAGACGAGGAGCGCGCACGGGCGCUGCGGAAGGAACGAUUGAGGGAAAUUUUGGCCAAGCAGCGAGAGAUGGGACAUUUCGAGGCGUCCCAGGAGAUCGGAGAAGAAGGAGAUGGCGAGAGGACGGCGACCAUGACGACGAAGAGAGAGCAAAGGGUAGGAGAACAGGAGAAGAAGCCAUCGGGGGACUCAGUCAAAGUGUGUCGAUUUUGGCUUCAGGGCGGAUGUCGAAAGGGCGACGCGUGUGAUUUCAAGCACGAAGCCGGACCGAACAGCGAUCAGCGUUGUCGAUUUUUUGCGAGGGGCCGGUGUAAAGCCGGCAAACGUUGCCCGUUUAGGCACGAUAUCGUCGACAAGAAGACAUCCGGCGUCUCGAGUGGGAAUCCUCAGACGCUGUUGAAAAAGUUGUUGCACAAAGAAAUCAAGCGAGAUGAGGAGCGACUGUUGCAGUUAUUUAGAUUUCUCGUCAACAAUGACUUCUUCGAAGGGUCAAAAGGUUGUGAGGAGCCGUACUGGAUGUUUCCCUGGGCAGACGAGGACUUCAAGGUCGUCGAUCGACGCACGGCGAUCGCGUCAUUGCCGCCAAUCGAGGAUGAAGACGCAGAAGUGAAAGAACCGGUCACGCAGGCGAUGAGUGAAGAGGUUGAAAAGGCGCCACGCCCCGAUAUGGGAUUUUUCGCCGCGUACGACAGCGAGGAGGAUAGCCGUGCGAACGAUAGCGAUUAG